CGCGCUUUCCGCCUGUCUCUGCGCAGCGUUACAAAGCCCCGAUCGGGUGUCCUGUGCGGGACGCGACAGUCCGGGAAUCUUCCUGAAAUCACGUCUGGGAGCAGGGCGCACUGUUCUGAACGCUGAAGUUUUAGUAGCUUCUCUUCAUGAGUAGAUCUCAAAGCAUCUUUUUGAGCGCUUCCUCUACACUGAUGCGCUUGUAGUUGUACCAGUGCGAAAGAAGAAACUAUUCAACAGUGGACUGCUGAAUUCAAUUCAGGGUUGAUGUGUACUGGUUUUUAAGAGGGUUUUAAUCAUGUCUUUUGUUGCUGAUCUGUACAGAAACAGCCCUAAUGCAGGGAUGGCGGAGUUUCAGGAGAAGCUGAGACAGCAGCAUGAGAAGUCCAUGCACACAGAGCUGGAGAAGCUCCUGACCGCCGCCAAGCCAUCAGAGGCCGAGAUCUCCAGGAAAGACUUCGAGGGCUUCAAGAAGCUCUUUCACCGUUUCCUUCAGGAGAAGGGGCCCUCUGUCGACUGGGCCAAGAUCCAGAGACCACCCGAAGGCUCGAUUCAGCCUUACGAGAAGAUCAAGCUGAAGGGUCUUCCUGCCGAUGUGGCGUCCGGUCUCAAUAAGCUGGCUGUGGUCAAGCUCAAUGGAGGCUUGGGGACCAGCAUGGGCUGCAAAGGACCCAAAAGUCUCAUCAGCGUCCGUAACGAAAACACUUUCCUGGACCUGACCGUACAGCAGAUUGAGGAUUUGAAUAAGACGUAUAAUGCUGACGUGCCGCUGGUGCUGAUGAAUUCCUUCAAUACAGAUGAAGACACCAAGAAGAUCCUGCAGAAGUACACACAUCACCGCGUCAAGAUACACACCUUCAACCAGAGCAGGUAUCCCAGGAUCAACAAGGAGUCUUUGUUACCAGUGGCCACUAACAUGGGCCUGACGGGGGAGAAUGAAGAGGCCUGGUACCCACCCGGCCACGGAGACAUCUACGCCAGCUUCUACAACUCCGGCCUGCUGGACAAGCUGAUCGCCGAAGGGAAAGAGUACAUCUUUGUGUCUAACAUUGAUAACCUGGGCGCCACGGUGGACCUGCACAUCUUGAACCACCUGAUGAGCCAGCCCAGCGACAAACGCUGCGAAUUCGUCAUGGAGGUCACCGAUAAGACCCGAGCUGACGUGAAGGGUGGCACGCUGACGCAGUACGAUGGUAAACUCAGGCUGCUGGAGAUCGCGCAGGUGCCCAAAGCUCACGUAGAUGAGUUUAAAUCAGUCACCAAGUUCAAGAUCUUCAACACCAACAACUUGUGGAUCAGCCUGCCGGCCGUUAAGAGGCUUCACGAGAAGAACGCCAUGGACAUGGAGAUCAUUGUCAACCCUAAGACUCUGGACGGCGGUCUGAACGUCAUCCAGCUGGAGACGGCGGUGGGCGCUGCCAUGAAGAGCUUCGACAACGCGCUCGGGAUCAACGUGCCCCGCAGCCGCUUCCUGCCCGUCAAAACCACCUCGGACCUCCUGCUGGUCAUGUCCAACCUGUACAGCAUGAGCGCCGGCUCCCUGACCAUGAGCCCCAAGAGAGAGUUUCCCACAACGCCUCAUGUCAAACUGGGCAGCUCCUUCACUAAAGUUCGAGACUUCCUGAAAAGGUUUGAGAGCAUCCCAGAUAUGCUUGAGCUGGAUCACCUGACCGUAUCAGGAGACGUCACCUUCGGAAAACAAGUCACACUCAAGGGAACGGUUAUCAUCAUCGCUAAUCACGGCGACCGAAUCGACAUCCCGGCCGGAGCCAUGCUGGAGAACAAGAUCGUUUCAGGAAACCUGCGCAUCCUGGACCACUGAGGCCUUCACAACCGAACUACAGCCGCAGCCGUUAUUUCACCUGGACAUCUACAUGUGUGUGUGUGUGUGUGUGUGUGUGUAAAACGUGUCAGAUUUGAGUGUGACAGUCAAAAGCCGUCCGUGUAGCAUUAAAGGGCUGUAUGAAAACAAUCAGAAUUGACUGUAAAUGCGUCUGACGGUGAACAUUACACAGGUUUUUCCCAAAGACUGGUUUUGCUGCUAUGCAGCUCACUCAAUGCAACACUAAAGACAAGUGUCGGAGGAUGCCCCAUGAAAUAAUGAUCUGUUCACUUUAAGACAGAAAUUAAAGUGUUUUUGAUCUUC